CGACAAGAGACCAGCAUGGCCGAGGAGGAGGCUGCCCCCGACGCCGCCGACGCCGCGACGGUCGAAGAAACGCCGCCCCCGCCCCCCGAAAAGAUGAUGAAGGCCAUGCUCAGUAAGCACGGCACCUUCGCCUACCAUUCGCGGGUGAACCCUAGGCCCGUCGAUUGGUGGGGUAAACCGGAAGACCCUUCAUACUCGUUACUGCGGGACUGCUUUAGAGGAAGGGCCAACCUCGUGACGCGUUAUAAAACGGAGACCUUCGUGCCUAACAUAGGCUCACCACCGGUAACAAAGGAGGUCCCCUACACGGCGCUCGUCGCGCAGUGUUUGAGUCACAAGCAAAUAGUAGACGCGCCUAGACUGUAUGCCGCCGCUUGCGACGAGGACACGGGCAUCAAGUGCAUCCAUGCGUGCUGCUUCAAUGGCUACUCGGACACGCUGAAAGUUUUGCUCGAGGCGGGCGGCAAUGAUGCCAGAGAUACAACUUCAGAUGGUAUCGAUUGCUGGUUCAUCGCGCGAGGGAGGGGCAACGAUCAAUGCUUAAUAGUUUUAGAUGGAGCGGAAGCCGCGCGCGUCGCGAAGGAAGCGGCACUGGCCAAAGCCCCGGACGAGCUCGCGAGGGAACGGAGGAAACGAAGGGAGGCCGAGAUGAGAAGAAGGAAGAUGGCCGCGCAGCAGAAGGCCGAAGAGGCGCGGCGCGAGAUGCUCCAGGCGGAAGCUGAAAAACUGAGGAAGCGCCGCGAGGAGGAAAAGGCCUGGAAGCGGCUCGGGGUCAUUCCGACGCGGCGCGUGACCUGGAAGGGCCUCGUGGUGGACGUCGACGGGACGCGGGGGAUUGGGUAUUACCCGAAGAUUUUGCGGGACCUGCCGAAGGCGCCGCCGAAGUAA